AUGAAGAAAGCUGAGCUGGUGUUCAUCCCUUCACCAGGCGUCGGCCACCUGAGAUCGACGGUCGAGCUGGCAAAGCUCCUCCUCGAACGCGACCACUGCCUCUCAAUCACCGUCCUCGUCAUGCAGCGACCCGUCGACACCAAAGUCAAUCCCUACCUUCACUCACUUGACAAUAACAUCAACAUCAUUCGCCUCCCAAACGUUGAUCCUUCCCCUCCAAAAUCAUCUUCUCGGAUUAGCUCCUCCAAUUCGUUCAUCGAAAGCCACAAACCCAACGUCCAAGAAGCCGUCGCUAAGCUUGUUCAUGCCGAGUCAGCCUCCGAUGAUUCACCUCGACUCGCCGCGUUCGUUCUCGACAUGUUCUGCACGAGCAUGAUCGAGGUUGCGAAUAAUUUUGGAGUUCCAGCUUGUUUUCUACACCUCGAGUGCCGCUUUUCUGGGCUUGAAAUUUUACGCGCAAGCUCUUUUGGAACAGAAGAAGCUACUCACUGA